UAAUAACGUAUUAAGUUAAAAGCGACCGCAACGGACGUACGCGACUGAACAUUUUUUAUUUUCUAAAACAUAUUAUGGAGACUCUAGAUAAACCCCUUUAUCCAAUGUACAUGGAAAAGUUAUAUAAAAAUCUUAUACUAUGUGGCGAAAUCGACUUUUAUUGCCUAGGAUGCAGAGAAUUAUUUCAUAGCAUACCAGAAGUUGAAAAACAUAUACGCUGGGAAAGACACAGAAAGUUUGUAAAAAAUGAACGUUACUUAGAAAGGUACAAGAAAGACUGCAUCUAUAUGAUAUAUGAACACUUUUACUGCGAAAUAUGUAACUAUUUUUUCCGUGAUAAAAACGAAAUUGUUUUACACAUCGAAAGUAGAGACCAUAUAGCUAUGAAAAAUAAGAGGAAAACCGAGCCCUUGACUGAGCCGAAGAAAUUUAUAGGACUUUAUGAUACUGAAUACGUAAUCAUCAAUAAAGUUAUACUAGAUAUGCCGCAGUGGAACACUAUAAUUGACCAGAAGUGCUAUGUGUGUGAUGAAGAAGUUCCAGAGAAUUCAUAUCGUAAUCACAUAACAUUAUUAAAACAUAUAGUGAACUUAAUCCAAUCCAAAACCGUAUAUGAAGGAGAGCGGUACUACCGACUGGUUUGCAGAAAGCAGUCUUUCUGCUUUACAUGUAAGAAGGUUUUCUCAGCUGAAGAUUUUGACAAUCAUUGGAGCACCUGUGAAAAUAUUGAAGCACUUGAGAUACAGCGACUGAAGGAAACUAGAGCUAUCGGUAUGGCGGACUUAGCUAAGAUGCAGGAAUUGCAGAAGAAGCUAAUUAGUACUGUACAAGAGUUCUACUGGGUAGAUGAGAAAAACAACUUUGCAACAUGCAAAUACUGUAAGACAGUUGUAACUAUACUGUUCAAGGCCAUGAUUGAUCACAUGAAAAAUAAACAUGACAAAUCACAUCUAUCAUCUGACGAAUCUUCUUCUGAUGAAGAAGUCGUAUACAGUGAAAUUAUAGACUUUGGCAAACGGAGGAAAGAAUUGGCUGCAUUUGGCAGACCACAUCAUAUCAGACUCAAUCAUAAUGCCAGUAAAGGGUGGUGCUCGGUCUGUGAUUGCUACAUGUCUGCUCAUAAAAGAGUUUUUAAAAUUCAUAUUCGAGGAUACAUUCACAAGUGUUUCUUAGAAAUCCAUGGCUUGAUUCCUCCGGAGCAUGAACCUGAGCCCCGAAAUUUUAAAGCACUUUCUGUUUAUGAUUAUAGCUUGGAAUAUGUACCUUCAGAGAAAGCAUUUUAUAUUGAUAAUAAAUAUGUAGUAGAUGUAUUCAGCUUUUUCCUAUUGUAUAAAAUUGAGGGCAAUCCACAUGUGAAGAAAACAAAAUGUUUUGCGUGCAAUGAAUUGAUUGCGGAAGGGCAAGAGCGCAAACAUUGUGAGACUGCUGAACAUAAAGAGAAGUUUCUAGAAGCCAAACUCAUGGAGCCUGGGAAGAACAAAGAUUGUCCUAAUUUUGGGGAAUAUAUCAGAGAAAUAAAGCCAAACUUGUAUCAUUGUGGAUUAUGCAACCGUACCCUGCCAUUCAGAGCAUCAUUGGAGUUUCACAAGGCAUCAAAAGGACAUCUAUCGAUAAAGACCAACCGAAUUGUAAAUCCCGAAGCCCCAGCUAUAAUAUUUAACACAAAACAUGAUGACGUUUACUUCAAACUUUUAGCAAUUUGUAUGAGGGACCAAGCUAAGUAAUAUGAAGUACAUAUUUAUCCUGUGGGAUGAAAUUUUACAUAACUGAAAUCUAUUAAUCUACCUCAUGUUAUAGUUUUUAUGCAGCUGACUGUACUUUUGUAAACUUAGUUUUGUAAGUUUUUUUUUAUAAUUUUAUCUUGCUAGGUGUAGUUGAAUGGUUGCCUUAUACAUAUCAGAAACUAAUGAAAUACAAUAUUAAUAUCACAUUAACUCUAUUCUUGAGCAUGUACACAAUUUGAUACUACUAAAGGAAACUGUUAUUUGUUUUGAACAACAUAAAACAUAAAGUCCUGCCAAGAGUAGGAUAAAUGGGUUACUACUUUUUGUCUAAAGAUACGUAUUUUCAAGAUGUUUACAAAACUAGUUCCAUAAUGAUAUAAUAAGGCAAUAGGACUACCACCUAGUAAAUAAGACUUAUAAUGUGGUGUGUGAUACUCUGAAUUCAUUAGGGAAUUAUAAGGCCAGGUUGACACCUGAUUUAGUACAAAUUAUUCAAAUGUAUAAUGUUCCUUUUUACAAUUUUAAUUUUAGAUUAUUAGGUACAAUCUACUAAGAGUUUAUUUGAUUUUCUAGUUGUACAUCUUGUAUACAGCUUAUGGAUAUUGGGUGAUGACUUGUUAGCAGUGUUUGGUAACAAGCCAAUCACGCUGUGCUAUAAGCUUUAGUUCUUUAAAAAAUAGUUCCUAAAGUAAGAUUUUUAAGUCUUGACUGUUUUAUUGUUUGAUUAGUCACAAACAUAACUGUUGAGCAAGAAGUCUCAGGAUCUAUAUCAAGAUUGAUUGAAGCAGAAGCAUACCUUUGGGGUGAUAUUAUUUUUUAUGUGUAGUAAUUUUAAAGACUGACAAUUUUCAAAUGCAUUUUAUUAUACUAACUGUAAAGUGUGUUAUUUGUGUUUGUGUAAUGUAGUAUGUACCUAAGUAUUAUCUUAGAAGACUGAUUUUUGAAUUGAAUAUUCUCAUUUUAGUUUAAGCCAUUUACUUUUAUAACUUUUAAUAUGUAAUUGUAUGUGAAACUACGUAACAUUACUGUGCUAGAGACCAUCAUAUUAUAUUUUCAUAUAUUUUCUAGUUUUUACAUACAAUUAAUAAAUAAAACAUUAUUUUGAAUCAGUAAUUAAUUUUUAUUUAUAAUAAACAUCAAACCACUGUGGAUAAUGUGAUAACAGCAUAAUUAAAUCAUUCCUACAUUUUAAACUUGAUAAAAACUUUUUAAUAGAUUCAAUAAAGUCUUUUUGUAUUGAUGGAGCUAAUUCUUCAAUUUUUGUAUCUAAUAAUACUACUAUGUGGCUCAAAUGAGCUGGAUACAACACUGAGAAUUUAUUAGAACUAUUUUUUACAUUCUGGACAAAUAUUUGAACAAAUGUUUGUAAUCUGGGGUUAAAAUUGGUGUUUAUAAACAGAUAAUUAAGUAUGCUACAACAUAUUUGAAAACAAUUGGCUGAAUAAGAUGCUUUAUUUACCAAAUCUUUUAAAUCUAUAUUAGAUUCAUAAAUACUUUCAAUAUCUAAAUCUUUAUCAUUUAAUACUCUAUAGCUUAUUUCUAACAGACAUUUUUCAAUUCCAAUUUUAAACUUUAUCGAAAUAUCUUCAGCUAUACUAGGCUGCAUACAAACACUAUCACUAGCCCACAAGUCUUUUAAUAUCUGUAUAUUUUUAUUAUCUGUAACAUUCCAAUGAAUAAUGUCCUUUAGUAAUUCAUUACGGUAUAUUCCAUUUUGAUUUAAAUUAAUUAAAGCUUGCACUAUUUCAGGAUCCAGUUGUGUCUUAUGAUUGCUAUUGAUAUUCAUAUCUUUUAAAUUCCGAACUAAAAAUGCAUCGAGCUCUCUCUGUGUUGAUUCACUGUUAGUCGAUGUUGUAUUUUUAUUUAUUUGUUCAUAAAAUUCCAGUAAAAUUGCGGUUAGGUCUUCAUUUACUUUUACAUGGUUUUCGGGUUCUACACGACACAUUUUUCUUAUAUUUUCAAGUAUAGAUUGUCGUAGAUUGUUGCUUGUUUUUGAGUUUUGUUGUGCUUGAGAUAAGUUUAGAAUUUUUACGAAACUUUUCGAAAGUGCUUUCGCUACGUUUCUGUCGAGCACUGGAUUUUCGUAAAUGAACUGAGGACAUGGUAAGUUAUUUGAUGUAAUUAUUUUCUCUAUUAACUGAUUAUUCAUAACUUUUUAACUUAAUUUGUCUG